CCUACUUUACGGUGAUGGCUCGACACCUGCGCCCAUUUUCCUUUUCUCCGCCUCGAACGCACCAAUAUGAUCCGCGGCUUUUACGCCCAAGGCCUCGGCGACCGACCGAAGGACCACCAUGCGAACAAGUCGUCGCGCGCCGCCAAGGGUCCGAUGCCCGACUUUAGUCUCGCGCGGAAUCGAUCCUCAGUCACUGACUCGGUCAGCUCGUCCGUUGGCACGGCGGGGUCGAACGACGAGAACAACAAGGCGCUCGAGUACUCGCCAUCGUACCGCUUUGACUUGACGGACAUGCUGACAAGCGUCGCCAAGGGCGUCGGAACGGACGAUAUGAUCCGACUGCCAUCCCGCAUGGGCAUCCUCGUCUGAGGAUUCGGCUGUCGUCCACCUUGUUGUCGUCCUUUGUUGUCUGUAGUGUGUUUGUGAUAAAUUACGAAUUCAAUUGCCUCGACGUUUAUUAUUGCG